ACGCGUCUAGCCUCGCCGACACCCCUCGCCGUCGUCAUGGUUUACAUAGUACGGAUGACCUUUCAUUUUUCUCAUAAUCGACAAUCCUUGCAUCCAGUUCAUUGGCAUCUACUCAGUCUUUGCACCAUAUGACUAGAAACGUUGGUCUCACAAAGUGCCAGACUUCCUCAAAGCUGUCAAACGCUGCGACAAUUUAAGAGGAACCAUCUUAGAUCAUCUCGAGCGUCUUGACGCAUUCCUUCGCUUAGUACUCCGAGUAGAAACAUCAAGGAGUCCUUGCGAUUAGGAAACAUCAGUAGUCGAUCCAUCAUAGCAGACCCCAUGGAGAACGACGACGCGUUGCUCCCCCACCUUCAGAACCGCGGCGGGCCGCAGAACGCGCUCUACAGGUUCCGCGGGGUGCGCCAGCGCACGUGGGGGCGGUGGGUGGCGGAGAUCCGCGACCCCGAGCGCAAGGUGCGCCUGUGGCUGGGCUCGUUCGCGACGGCGGAGGAGGCCGCGCGCGCGUACGACGAGGCGGCGGUGAAGCUGUACGGAUCCGACGCGCGCCUCAACUUCCUCCCGCCGCAGGGAAUCGACCCGGCGAUCGGCGGCGCGCAGAGUCGCGCGGCGCCGAAUCUGGACGCGGCUCGGGAGAAUUUCGACCGCGAGAUCAAGAUGGCGCGUCUUUCCGGCUUGUCCGGCUUGGCUGAUGGCGGUUUCGCUGACGUCACACCUGGAUUGACAGUCACAAAGGCGACAAGGCUGACAGGUCUGGCGGGUUUAACUGGACUGACGGGUUUGAGCGGACUGACUGGAUUGACUGGGUUGACCGGGUUGAAUGGGAUGAAUGGUUUUCAUAAUUACGGAGCGUCUGGAAAUGUGAUUCCGGAGGGUACGUGGCGCCAGCUGUCUCCGGGAGCACAGGCAGCGCUAGCGAGCAUGGGCGCAGGGAUUCAAACGGUUGGUGGCGUCGGCGGAGGCAGCGCAGGUGGUGGCGGCAUUGGUGGUGGCGUUGGGGGUGUUUUCGGGGGAGUUGGUGGGGGUGCUGCGGCUCAGCCAGCUCAGCUGGUGGGCAUGACUAUGGCGCCUCGAUCCGCGAGCGUGCCGAGCGGCAGCGCCACGAGCCUCACGGAAGCUGCGAGUCCCCGAGUCGGAGUGGAGCUCCCCAUAGAGAAGGCCCACAGCCUCGACACGCUCCCCUCGUUCCAAGCACAGUCGCCAAGCCUCCGCUUCCAAGCCGCGACCACAGGACAGGAUCAUCAUGUGGACGAACCACACCCGGAGGAACGGGUCAAGUGGCAGCGGUACCAGAGGAAGCGGCGGGUGGCAGCGGAGGAGCAGAGGGAGAUGAGGGAGCUGGAGGAGCUGUUGGAUAAGUACAAGCGGCGCCAGAAGGUGCGGCAGUUGCUGUCGCAGGCCGACAUCGUGCACCAGCAGGAGAUGCUGCUCACGGGACCGGAUCCGAAUCCCUUGCAGCAGCAGCAGCAGCAGCAGCAGCAGCAGCAGCAGCAGCAGCAGCAGCCCUCUGCUGAGCCUCGCCUUGGAGCCAGUAGUGAAGGUGCUGCCACCAGACGCCACGUCAGCUUCUCUGAUGGAGCCGUGAAUGCUAGCUUUGAAGGUGAUACCGCCAAAGAGCUCUCACAAAUCAGCCAAUUGAAUUCCAAGGACAUCGCCCAGUACAUCCUGGAACAGACGCUGUUGUCAGGGGGGGGCGCGACAAACCCAGGCUCCUUAGCUCCUCCGCAUGCACGCCCAGGAGCUGCUCCCGCGCUGCACCAUGGCCAGACAGGUGCCUCUACGGAUCGCCAUACAAGUGCAGCACAGGCGACACCAUUUCUUAUGGAGCAGUGGAGAGACGGGGGUGGGAUGCUGCAGGUGACCGACAACCACCUGGCUUCAUCCUUCGCCGCUGCCCCUGCUGUACGCAGCAGGAGCUACGAUUCCGUGCGAGGCCGUGGGGUUGGAACAGAGGUAGCAGGCCAUGCAGGGGAUUUGGCUUCAGGGAUAGCAGCUGGCCUGCCACAGGGUUUUCAGGCACCAAUUGUGUUAUCUGGGCAACAUGGUGGUGAACAUAUGCAAGGCUAUCCACAGGGAGGUGCUCCUUAUCAGUUGAUGGCUGGUUCUCAACCGGGAAUCAGUAGCAUUGAGAAUGCUCGAGCGUAUGGUGUUGGGCAAUACGCAGGAAGAAACCAUGCAAUGAAUGUUCCUGUAGAGGGUGUAGGUUCUCUAGGUAUUGCAUCUGAGAUGGAGGCCAUUUCAAGUCUCUUUGGGGAAGAGGGCGCUCAGAUGCUGCUUCAAGAGCUCCUGAGCAAAAACGAGCUUGCAGUAGCCAAUAGUCAGUGGGGCAUGUGAAGAGACUACAAACAUGCAAGUUGUACCUCCGCUAAAUUUUGUAGAUAACGAGCUUCUUUGGUCGUAAUAUUUCAUCCUCAUUAUAUUGUUACCGAUAUACUUGCA